UGAUCAUAAAGAACGUGGGUUUCAGUUUCCGGCGAGAUCAGCAAAUUUGGCAAUUGGUCAUUAGUCUGUGACGAUGGCGCAAGAAUCACUGUCAGAAAAAUAUAUCAGCCUUAGUUUGACUGCUCGAUAUGCACGUUCAUGGAAGACUUGGGAAGGAAUCCGUGAACUUGUCCAAAACUGGCACGAUGGAGUGUAUCUCUCGCUGGAGAAAUUAAACGCCGUGUCGAGUUCAAGAGUGAUCUUUCAGCAUAUGAAAGAAAAAGAUUCUCUCUUGUAUAAAGCAAUUUUAACAGCUGGAGAUUUCCUUAACUCAGAGAGGAAAGCAACGGAAGACAGGGGCUCGGAUGACCGAGAGUUUAGUGGGACGAAUCGAACGCGAAGACCUGAUGAUCAAACCUUCAAUUCUUCAGUAACUGACAACAGAGUCAGAGGCGCUGAAAAUAGAGGCUCUAUCGACAUUGAACUAGGGCGAAUCGAUUAUAAUCCCACCAGAAAGAAGCUGACUUUGAUAAACCAUGAUACAGAGCUUAUGAGAAAAGUGUUGCUCCUCGGGUUCUCAAAUAAAGCUUCAAACAAGGAGGUGAUUGGACAGUUCGGCGAAGGACUGAAAGUUGGGGCACUAGCUUUGGUGAGGGAAGGAAGGGUACUUACUAUGAAGACUGGUAAAGACCAGUGGAGAUUUGGUUUAUCCCAUGAUGAGACAUUUGAUGAAGAAGUUCUGACGGUAUUUGUUGAUGACAGGUGGAAGGAAAGCAAUGACGAUGAUGAUGGCAAUGAUGAUGACGAUGAUGAUGAUGAUGAAAAUAAUGAGACGAGCCUUGGACAGAAAAACACCUCUGUUGCAGUCUUUCCUCUCUGUCUUGAAGACUGGGAAGUCUACUUGACAAGGUUCCUCUUUCUCAGCCCACCUACAGACUCUGUCAAGUCUGUGGCAGGAACUUUGCUUUUAGGUGAUCAUUACAAAGGUCAACUUUAUGUCAAAGGUGUCUGGGUGUCGGACCUGUCUAAGGAUGGAUUAGCAUCAGGAGUUGACUUCGUUCACCUCAGGAUUGACAGAGAUCGAAGAGCUGUUGUUCAUCUCAGUGACAUAGAUCAUCAGAUAAGCAGUAUGUGGGUACAAGCAAUACAAGAACGACCAGAUCUGAUUCCACACUAUUAUCGCCUCUUGGAGGAGAACAAAACUUCUGAUGUGCGUCAUGCAAAUUUUUACCUUAAUGAGAAGUCUUCCUUACUUCUAGCACAACAGUUCUUCACUGUUCAUGGAUCUAUGGCAUAUCCUGUACCAAACACAGUUUCAUCAGAUUUACUUACUGAAAUAAAAAGGGAAAUUAAUAAAAAACUGGUGCUGUGUAAUGAGGCCUUGAUGCAAGUGUUAUACAAUUCUGGUAUAGUGGAACCCUUGGAGACAGUCUUGUCAAAUACUUCAACAAAGAAAUCAGUUAUAAUUCCUUUCGCAGAAUUGACUCCCGAAGAAAUUGAUGUUCUGCGGCAUGUUGAAAAGCUUAUGAAGUUGUGCAAGGCAGAAUUCUGCAUGGCUACCAUAGAUAUUUCAGAAUCUUCAGGAACUACAAGUGUUGUAAAUUCAAAGGAUCUUGGUCAUUAUGAUGUCCCUCGCAUUUUGUUGAGUGGCAAGAUAGAUCACUAUUGUGAAAAACUUCAAAUGAAGUGUUUUUGUAGAGAAGCUUUGAUUGUGUCAAAGAUCUUAUCUCUCCAACCAGACAAGCUGGUACAAGCUGGAAGUGAUCCAUCGUAUAACUGCAAUAAAAGUUUUGUCAAAUUGUUGGCAUCAUUAUCAAUGCAGGUUUGCAAACUAAACUUACCAUUUUGCCAAGAUUUGCAUGAAGUUCCACAAUCCAUGCAAACUUCCCUAAACUUAUCAGUGAUCAAGGAGAGAGAGGAGACUUUGCAGAGAGAAAAGGAUCUUCUUAGUGCACAGCUUUCUGAAAGAGAUAAAAGCCAUGCUCAGGAGCUUUUAAAACUUCAGUCCAAAAUUUCUGCCUUGGAGAAAGACUUGGUACUUCAACAAGUAAACUUGGUCAAUGUUGAGCAGGAAAUCAGUGAAAGAUGGAAGAAAUCUCUACAAGACUUGCAUAUGGAAAUGUCUAACACAAUAACUGAUCUUAAAAGAGACAAGAUUUUCUACCAGGAAAAAUUAGCAGCUGCAGCAGAAGACAUGAAGAACCAGCAAAAGGCACACUCUCAUAAAGUUAGCAUUUUAAAGGACAGGAACGAUAUACUGCGAAAAAGACUCGCUGAUAAGUUUGAGAAACUCUCCAAGGUUGUGGUUGCUUCUAAGGAUACUGACAACUCCAUGGUUGAAAUAUUGAAAUCAGCAACCAGAGAGAUUGAAGAAAUGUGGUUUCAAAAGGAUAAUUGCAUUAUAUGCACUCUUGAGAAACCCAACUGUGUUGUCAUCCCUUGUCGUCAUCAGAUCACUUGUUUUAAGUGCACUUCAUACUUGGAAAGGUGCUCAUAUUGUAGAGGGCCCAUAGAGCAAAAGAUUCUCACUUAUAGUCUGUAGUGAUAAUGUUCCAUUCUUAAACCCUCAGAAUUGAUCAACAUGUAACAGCACUCAACACUAACUAGCCAAGUGGCAAGUGACAUCUUAGAUGUUAUGACAAUUUCAGUUUGUUUACUAGCCAAACUGACAAGUGGAA